AUGCAACCAGCUGCUGUUAAUUGUCAAGGACCUUGUAUUAUAAGAGCAAAUUAUGCUCCAGUUUGUGGAAGUAAUGGUAAAACAUAUAGUAAUAUCGAUGAAUUACGUUGUGAUGCUAGAAAUAGUCCUGUGACAAUGGUUCGAAACGGACCAUCUUUAUUUACAAUUAUAUUUGUACUAACCACCGAAUUUUCAUUGAUAUAUUCGCAAGGAAAAGAUUGUACUCUUGAACUUUCACUUCAUCCUGGACCAGCAGUUUGUGGAAGUGAUGGAGAAACUUAUAAAAAUCCCGAAUACAUUAAUUGUGUACAAGAAAAUGGAGGAACACUUUAUGUGGCUCAUGAUGGUCCAUGCGAUAAGGAUAGGAAAUAUUUUGUUUAA